CCUAGCAUCCGUCGGCAUGAAUCCCGUGGUCGUGGUCCACGGUGGCGGGGCCAGCAAUAUCUCCAAGGACCGGAAAGAGCGGGUGCGCCAGGGCAUCGUCAGAGCCGCCACCGUUGGUUACAACAUCCUCAAGGGGGGAGGGAGCGCAGUUGACGCCGUGGAAGGAGCCGUGACCGUCCUGGAAGAUGACCCGGAGUUCAACGCGGGUUGUGGAUCUGUCUUGAACGCAAAUGGUGAAGUUGAAAUGGAUGCUAGCAUCAUGAAUGGAAAAGACCUGUCUGCAGGAGCCGUGUCUGCAGUCCGCUGUAUAGCAAAUCCCAUUAAACUUGCGCGGCUUGUUAUGGAAAAGACACCUCAUUGCUUUCUGACUGACCAAGGUGCAACAAAAUUUGCAGCAGCCAUGGGGAUUCCAGAGGUUCCUGGAAAGCAGCUGGUAACAGAGAGAAACAUAAAACGCCUAGAAAAGGAGAAGCAUGAGAAAGAUGCUCAGAAAUUAGACUGUCAAAAAAACUUGGGAACUGUGGGUGCUGUGGCCUUGGACUGCAAAGGAGACGUGGCUUAUGCAACCUCUACAGGGGGCAUCGUUAAUAAAAUGGUCGGCCGAGUGGGGGACACACCGUGUAUAGGAUCUGGAGGUUAUGCUGACAAUGACAUUGGAGCCAUUUCAACGACGGGGCAUGGGGAAAGCAUCAUGAAGACGAAUCUGGCCAGACUUGCUCUCUUCCACGUAGAACAAGGAAAGACAUUAGAAGAGGCUGCUGAUACUUCCUUGGGUUACAUGAAGUCAAGGCUCAAAGGUUUAGGGGGCGUCAUCUUGGUCAACAAAGCAGGAGACUGGGCAGUAAAGUGGACCUCUGCAUCCAUGCCCUGGGCGGCCGUCAAGGAUGGCAAGCUGCACUGCGGAAUUGAUCUUGACGACACCUGUAUCACUGACCUGCCCUAAGCCCCUGGAAGAUUGUAUUCUAGAUGCUAGCUUGGAGGUAAAGUACAGUUCCCUGGUGUGGAGACUUAGCUUAAUCAAUUAGAUUUAGAAAUGGAAAAA